GAAAUUGAUAUUAAGUGACACAUACACGCAAGACGGUGGAAAUACGGGACCGACGGUAAUAGGGGGAGUUCCGAUACGUUCUAUGUAAAAGCAAUUUUACAUGGGAAGGUGAGGCGAUACAGUUUAUUCUUAUCUUUUGUUUAAAAGAUACAAAACCCCAGGGUGCUAGCGCUCACUAGCACAUGGUCGGCUGGCACGUAGCCGUGCAGUAUGUACGUUGUGUAAACCUUCCUCUCGACGCCAUCCAGGCUACAGCACCGAGUUUACCACGCGGCUCGGUCAUACUCGGACUCGAACUCGCAACUUGCUGCACCUCGGACUGGCAGUCGAGCGUGUUAGCAUUUGAGCUAAAACCCCAGAGCCCUGGAACUUUCACUAGGACGUCACUUAAAAGAGUUAUAUUACACAAGAAAGAUAUGCGUUGCUUUCGCCGCUAGGUUCCGCCAAUGACUCAAAGAUUUUUGUUGUGCUUGACACAGGGCUCAGCGCAAAAUUGCUAGGCUGUGAUGAUAGCGUUUUACCAGGGACUUUGGUUUUACUUUGUUCGACAGUGUUCAAUGAUUAGCUUACUUUCGGUGCAGUGGCAGACCAGUUUUUGCGUUCGCAUUGGAAAUACAGAGAGCGUAGCGGUGCAGUUUGCUCGUGCUAUGUUCUUCGGCGGGGGCAAAGGGCAGAAAGAACCCAGGAAACCUUUUACGCAACAGAGAGUGUGGUCACCAGUCUGUGAUGAUGGAGGCGAGUUGUCCACACCUAACCGCAUCUUCAUCAAGAACCACGAGUUCAUCCGCACCUCUUUCCGAACGCCCACCUUCUGCUCCGCCUGCAGGGGCUUCAUCUGGGGACUCAUCAAGCAAGGACACAAGUGCAGCCAGUGCAAUGCGGCUGUCCAUAAGAAAUGCAUCGAUAAGAUCAUCGGCAGAUGCACUGAUACUGAGGACAACAGCAAGGACACAGAGAUUGAGAAGCCUCAUAGUUUUAAGACUUACAGCUACAAGAUUCCCACCUUCUGUAACCACUGCGGAACCCUUUUGUGGGGUCUAUUUAAACAGGGACGCAAGUGUGAGGACUGUGUAUUGAACGUUCACCAUAGGUGUCAUGUAUGGUAUCUCACUGUAUGUGUGUGUGUGACUCUUUCAGACUGUGUAUUGAACGUUCACCAUAGGUGUCAUGUAUGGUAUCUCAUUGUGUGUGUGUUUGUGUGUGUGUGUGUGUUGUGUGUCUUCAGACUGUGUAUUGAACAUUCACCAUAGGUGUCAUUUAUGAUAUCUCAUUGUGUGUGUGUGUGUGUGUGUGUGUCUAUUUCAGACUGUGUAUUGAACGUUCACCAUAGGUGUCAUGUAUGGUAUCUCAUUGUGUGUGUGUGUAUGU